UUGUUAAGAUGGCGGCGGGGAUUUGAGGCAGUCACGUGGGCCGCGCGGCUUUGUGAGCACAUUAGCAGAUUUUCUAUUUUGUACAUUGUUUUGUAUAUACUGUAUAUGAUGUCUUCAGUGGGCAAUGACCGAUCUCGUGGCACUCGGGACAAGAUACAGGCUCAGACGUGUGCACAGAUACAGAAACCAGUACAGGCUACAGCAGAACAAAUUCGACUUGCCCAAAUGAUCUGUGAUAAGACUGAUGUAGAUUUCGAAGAGAAAGUGAAGCAGUUGAUGGAAGUCACUGGAAAGAACCCAGAUGAAAGCAUAGUUGCACUUCAUGACUGCAAUGGUGAUGUGAACAAAGCAAUCAACGUACUGCUAGAAGGAAAUUCGGAUACGACUUCAUGGGAGACUGUAGGCAAAAAGAAGAAUCUUGGAACUGGAAAAGAUGGCCUCCUAGAAAAUAAAGAAAACAGAGAGAAGCGUGGAGAUAAAACAACUCGGGGUCGUGCAGUCUCUUCUAGACGAGGGAGAGGAAGUCGAGGCAGGGAUUACAGAGUUGAGGAAAAUGGAGUGGAUGUUAGUCCAGGUGAUAAACAUGCAGAACGGGGCAGGCGCGGCCGUGGCAGAGGAUUUAGUGGACGUAACAGAGGUAGGGGAGCAGGAAGAUUUUCAGCACAAGGCAUGGGAACCUUCAACCCCGUAGACUAUGCAGAUUCUGCAACAAAUAAUGGUUUUGGGACAACAUCUGAAAUUUGGGAGUCAACUCAAAAUAAUGGAACAGGUGCUUGGCAGAAUUCCAUGGAGGACUGGGUUACUGAAGACUGGAAUGAAGAUAUUCCUGCAUCUGCUGUUGAAAUGCCAGGGUCAAUUAAUGUCUCUGAAUUGAAUGUUCAGUUUGGAGCCUUAGAGUUUGGAUCAGAACCAUCUCUGUCUGAAUUUGGAACAGGAAGCAAGGAGACCAUCAACCAGGCACAAAGUCACUUGUUCUCAAAUUCUGUAAGUGAUUCGAUGUCACAGUUUUUGUCAAUAUCAAGUGCAGUUCAAGAAUCAACAGAUCCAUCUUCCAUCAGCUCUUGCAGCUCAACAACUGCUCAGAUUACUCCAGUGACUUCAACAGUUGAUCAGAGUUCAGCGCAUGGAAUAUCUUACCAGAACUCCCUUAGUUCAUCAUCUCAAAAGGAAGCUUCCUCACAGAAUGGCCUUGGGACACAACAGACACUUGAAGCUACAAUUUGUCCCACUGUGAAAUCUGCUGAAUCGCAAUCUUUGUCAAGUGUGAAUCCACUACCUACUGGAGUGUCUACUGCUUCUCUUCUGCCUACGGUAUCACAACAUUCAGCUAGUUUGUCAAGUCUGAACCCGGCCAUCGAAUUGUCCAGCAGUUCUCUUUCACAACUUAGCACUUCCUUGCCAAACCACCAAAGCAGCAGCCUUACUCCUGCCUCUUCUCUGUCUACAAGCUCACCCAAUGCACACGCAAACAUUGACAGCAGUUUGCAGACUUCUGAAACUUUCUCCACUGCUUUGACAUUUACUACAGUCACCACCUCAUCAGUCAGUGCCUCCAGCAACCUAAACACUACAAACAGCCUUGGACUGAGUGCAGCGAGUGUAUCCAUGCCAACUGCUACCACACGAGCAGUUCCCUCUGUUUCUUCAGGGAAGGCUCCGCCAAAUCUUCCUCCAGGUGUGCCUCCUAUUUUACACAAUCAGUACAUUGUUGGACCAGGGGGACUGCUGCCUGCAUACCCAAUCUAUGGGUAUGAUGACCUUCAGGUACUUCAAUCCAGGCUACCUCUGGAUUACUAUGGAAUGGCAUUUCCUGCUCCAGCUGCAGCACUUGCCAGCAGAGAUGGAAGCCUUGCAAGCAACCCUUAUUCAGGCGAUUUAGCAAAGUUUGGCAGAGGUGACUCAGCUUCACCUGCACCAGCAACCACACUCUCCCAACCUCAACAAAAUCAGGCUCAUCAUACCACUCAGCAAGCCUUCUUAAACCCAGCUUUGCCACCAGGAUACAGUUACACAGGAUUGCCAUAUUAUGCUGGUAUGCCUGGCGUUCCAAGCACAUUCCAGUAUGGACCUGCCAUGUUUCACAAGAGGUAA